AUGGGGAUCGGGCGGAAGCGGCGGCGCGGGGGCGGGGAGCUGGGCCGGGUGGCGGAGAUCGUGAUGGUGCUGGCGACCGCGGGGAAGGCGCGGGGGGGCUGGGCCCCGACGGCAGCCGAGAGCGCACUUGUGGCUGAGGCGCGGGGAUUGCUGGCCGCCGCGGUGAUGGGGGAGGUGGAGUUGCGGCCCAGGGAGCUGUUCCCGCGUGAGGCGGUGCGCGCGCUCGUCGAGGACCUCGGGCUCACCCGCGCCAGGGAUCCCGCGGUCUUCGGGUGUCGCCCGCUCAAGGCCUCCAUUGCAGAUAGGAUCCGCCUCACCAAGCACAAGCCUCACCUUGCCACUGAAGGUAACAAGUCCGGUCCGUGUAAGCUGCAGUCACUAUGGGAAGAGCAUGACUCUGGUUCUAGACUGGCUAUGGUCAAUCCUUAUUUCUUAGGCUCUGAUAUUCCACAAUCUAUUAGCAAGCCAUGCGUUGAAGAGGAUGAGGUAUAUGGUUCAAACGAUGAAAGAACUGUAUUAGUUUCUACUAUUUGUGGCCCUUGUGAGGUACUUCAUGCUGACAAGUUUAGAGAAGAGACCAAGAGAAGACGUCAGUUAGACAGUUCAGGUCGUAGGUUGCAUCCAAUUUUCUUCUGCAGGUGGAAUUAUGAUGAAUCCACAAGCAGUCUGUAUAAAGAUUACAAUGUUGACAAUUAA